AUGGCUACCGGUGUAGAUGCGCGACUCUUGAAGUCGACCAAGUUCCCUGCCGAAUUUAGCCAGAAGGUUGAUAUGCAGAAGGUCAAUCUACAGGUCAUGAAGAAAUGGAUCGCUAGUAAAAUAUCCGACAUCCUAGGCAACGAAGACGAUGUAGUGAUUGAGCUCGUUUUUAACCUCAUCGAAGGUCCGCGAUACCCGGACAUCAAAUCACUUCAAAUCCAACUCACCGGUUUUCUCGAUAAAGAUACGGCGCCAUUCUGCAAAGACUUAUGGAAGCUAUUGCUGAGUGCUCAAAGUAGCCCGCAGGGUGUCCCAAAAGAACUGCUUGAAGCCAAGAAGCUUGAGCUUAUGCAAGAAAAGAUUGAAGCAGACCGUGCCGCAGAAACUGCUAAGCAAAGACGAGAUGAUUGGGAUCGUCGCGAUCGUGAAGUUGCCGGCAUGAAAGACCGUGACCGCCGAGAUCGAGCAGCUACUCGUGGGGAUACCUGGCAAGGAAGGCGAGGCGACCGCGAUUUCGACAACCGAGGUCGAGGAGGAGGACUCAGAAGGGGUGGUCGCAGAUCACGAUCGCCAGGCCCACGCUUUAGAGACUCCAGAGAUUCAUACGGGCCCGACGGAAGUCCCCUGCGCGUUCUCGUUCAGCAUCAGCGUCAUCCCGAUCGAGCUCCCGGAGUCGCAGCGCAUCACGCGACUCUGAUAAAUCAAACCGGCGAUCGAAGGCCAUAUCUCCGGGAGGAAGGGGAGAUAGACGAAAGAGAUCAAGGUCACCCAGAGGCGACUCGUACCGGGGCCGUGCAAACAGACGAAACGACAGGGGUCGCCCGAAUCGACCGUCACGAUCCGUAUCGUCAGAACGGGAUUCUCCUGUACCAAAACGCCGACGAUACUCAUCAUCAAGAAGUCGCUCAGUAUCUCGCCGCAGAAGGUCUUCGAGAAGUGCCUCCUCACGAUCUGACUCUCGCAGCAGGAGUCGAAGUCGUAGUUACAGUCGCAGCCGCAGCCGCAGUCGCUCAAGCAGUGUGUCUCCAGACCGCAAGUCCAAGAGAGGUCUAA